AUGUUUUUUUUUUUUUUUUUUUUUUUUGAUGUUCUUGUAGCGUUUGUACAAAAUCUCACAAAGGUUUUUCUUCUCAGAUUUAGAAAACUUGUGAAAAUCUUUGAUCAACAAAAAGUUUCCAUCUUUUUCAACCCAUUUGAAAAUCCGGUGGUGAGUCGCCGGAGAAAUGUGUUUUUCUUCUCUCCAUUGAGUUUUUUUCACGGCGGAAUCUGUUAAACCCCUAGAUUUCAAACGAAUGACAUUUUAUGAGAUUGAAGAACAUUGUGAGUCGAGGAGUGGAAGAUUCUUCUCUGAUGAGUGAAUCAGAAGAAGACGAAGAAGAAGAAGCUAGUGAAGUCAUUUUAAGCAGAAACGUCGUUGAGAAGAAGAAGAAGAAGAAUCUGCGUUUUGGUGAAGAGGAGGAAGAAGAGAGACGAGACGGUUUGGUGUUGUUAGCUCAAUCUACUCAAAUGGUGAGAUCGAGAUCUCAAGGAACGACUCGGCGCGUGACUCCCACGCCUUUAGUUGAUGUUGAGAAGCCGCUACCGAACGGAGAUCUCUACAUCGGAAGCUUCUCCGGCGGGUUUCCACACGGAUCCGGCAAGUAUCUGUGAAGGUACUUGGGUUGCUGAUAGGAAACAUGGUCAUGGACAAAAGCGUUAUGCAAAUGGAGAUUUUUAUGAAGGUACUUGGAGAAGGAAUCUAAAAGAUGGUAGAGGUAGGUAUGUUUGGAGAAAUGGGAAUCAGUAUACUGGAGAGUGGCGUAGCGGUGUGAUUUCUGGGAAAGGUUUACUUGUUUGGCCUAAUGGGAAUCAAUGCUUGUGGGAGAAUGUGCGUUUGGGAGUUCCCAAGUUCAGACUUAUGGGAUUAAUUUUUACUCAAUUAGCUUUGGUAAUUUGUGAAAAAAACAACCAAUGAGAGAAGAGCAGUUUGACUGGCCACAUAGCCAAUGAAAUUAGCCAAUGGGAAAGAGAUAUAGAGACCUCGUAAGAACCGCCUCCUUUGUCAUUUGUAUCAUCUCUCUAUAAAACCACUCAACUAUCAACAUCUCUUUACAUGCAACAAAUCACUCAAAUAAUUAUUUUAUAAAGAACAAAAAAAAAAAAGACGGCAGGGAAACAAUGGAACGUGGAGCUUCCUUCUCUCACUAUCAGCUACCCAAAUCCAUCUCUGAUUUUCUCUCUGCUUUUCACAAUCGUCGUCUCAAUUUUUUCCUGCAAAAUUCCGAUCGCCAUGGAUGAUGGAGCUGUUGAGAUACGUGAAGAGCAACGUCGAUUGAUCGUGGCCCAGCAGCAACCACCAUGUAUGGCUCGUGAACAAGACCAGUACAUGCCAAUCGCAAACGUCAUAAGAAUCAUGCGUAAAAUCUUACCGUCGCACGCUAAAAUCUCUGACGACGCCAAAGAAACGAUUCAAGAAUGUGUCUCCGAGUACAUAAGCUUCGUGACCGGUGAAGCCAACGAGCGUUGCCAACGUGAGCAACGUAAGACCAUAACUGCUGAAGAUAUCCUUUGGGCUAUGAGCAAGCUUGGGUUCGAUAACUACGUGGAUCCCCUCACCGUGUUUAUUAACCGGUACCGUGAGAUAGAGACCGAUCGUGGGUCGGCACUUAGAGGUGAGCCACCGUCGUUGAGACAGGCCUAUGGAGGAAAUGGUAUUGGGUUUCACGGCCCACCACAUGGCCCAUCUCAUGGCCUACCUCCUCCUGGUCCUUAUGGUUAUGGUAUGUUGGACCAAUCCAUGGUUAUGGGAGAUGGUCGGUUCUACCAAAACGGGUCGUCGGGUCAGGACGAAUCAAGUGCUGGUGGUGGCUAUUCGUCUUCCAUUAACGGAAUGCCGGCGUAUGACCAAUAUGGUCAGUAUAAGUGAAGAUGGAAUUAUUCUUCAUUUUUAUGUAUAUCGAUUCAAAACAUGUGUUUGAAUAGAUAUUUUAUCUUUGUAUUAUCAAUAACAUUUCUAUAUAUAAUGUUGCUCCUUUUAAGGAAAAGUGUUGAGUUUCAAUACUUUUCGAGAACUGAUUUAUAUAUGCAAAUGAAAAAGUGUUUUUGGAUGAAA